GUAUUAAUUACGUGCCACGAGCAAAAGCUUCGAAAAGAGUAAAGAAAGCGAGAAAAAAUGAGCACCGGGCCUAUCUGCCCCAACAAGUACGCUAUGAAGAUUCUGCAUACACCCCUCAAGGUAACAUGACACGAACCAUAACCAGUCUUCGUCCUCACUCUCACUCCCACACUCUUACUCUCUUCCCAAAUUCAGAUCACAAACUAUGAAGCCCAGCGUCAACGACAACAUCUCCAUGCUCGCCAAGACCGACUCCGAGGUCAGCAGCCUCUCCCACUCCUCCCCGGCCCGCUCCCCCCGCCGGGCCGUCUACUACGUCCAAAGCCCAUCGCGAGACUCAUCCCACGACGGCGAGAAGACCACCAACUCCUUCCACUCCAGCCCGCUCCAAAGCCCACUGGGCUCCCCGCCCCACUCCCACUCCAACUCCUCCCGCGAGUCCGCCUCCACGCGCUUCUCGGGCUCCCGCAAGACCACCUCCUCCAACCGCACCAAGGGCCCAUGGAGGCCCUGGAAGGACCAGUUCCACGCCAUCGAAGAAGAAGGCCUCCUCGACCCACACGACAAUGCCCCACACGCCUUCCCCCGUCGCUGCUAUUUCCCUGCCUUCGUUUUGGGCUUCGUCCUUCUCUUCUCUGCUUUCUCUCUCAUUCUCUGGGCCGCAAGCCGCCCCCAGAAGCCCGCCAUUUCACUCAAGAGUAUAACCUUUGAUCAAUUCGUGAUUCAAGCGGGUGCGGAUAUGUCAGGAGUUGCCACGAGCUUGGUGUCCAUGAAUUCAUCUGUGAAAUUGACGUUUCGUAACACCGCUACAUUUUUCGGGGUCCAUGUCACCUCAACUCCCCUAGAUCUCAAUUAUUACCAACUUACUCUAGCCACCGGAACCAUGCCGAGGUUUUAUCAAUCUAGGAAGAGCCAGAGAUCUGUUAGAGUGAUGGUGAAAGGGAGUCAUAUUCCGUUGUACGGAGGGGGAGCGAACCUGAACAGUGUGAGCGGGGCACCGGUUGAGCCGGUGCCGUUGAAGUUGAGCGUGAUGGUGCGGUCCAGGGCUUAUGUUUUGGGGAAAUUGGUGAAGCCAAAGUUCUACAAGAAGAUAGAUUGUUCCUUGGUUAUGGAUCCGAAGAAGAUGGGCAAGGCCAUUUCGCUCGUCAACAAGUGCACUUACCAGUAAAGUCAGCCAAGUGAUUAAUUAUUAAUUAAUCAAACUAUUUAUGGGUAUGGUUGCGUUAUGCCAAAUUUCCAUGAUAUAGCCGAAAGGGUUGUUUCGUUUCGAUGUACGUAGUCGGUGGCUCAAUUUCAACUACAUUUUUUUUCUUCUUACUAUCUCAGUUUCUCUUGCCCCUUUUUUUCACCUAUAUAAUGUCAUCAACGAGUACGUUGUUGUGGUAGUUGGGAUGAGUAGCAGAAUAUUGAAUUGUAUCCCAGCUAGCCCCACCCAAAAGAGUACUAGAUUUAAUUGUUGGGGGUCAAAUAAUCGAUACAAUGUAUUACGUUCUAUAUAAAAUCCAAUUGAUGUUGUUUAUGGUUUAAAGAAUGAA